AUGAGAGGCGCCGCGACGGGCGGGGGAAACAGGGGGAGGCAAGGCGCUGGCGUGGCAGCAGGGGGUAGAGCGGAAAGAGCAGCGGAUGGUCUCCAGGCUAGGGGGAAGGGCGGAAGGGGGAAGGGACGGGGCGGAGGCGGAGGCAGGGGAGAGAAAAGUGGAGGACCAGGCGGAGGAAAAGGCGGAGGGGGAGGCGGAGCGGUAGGGGGAGCGGGGGGAGAGAAGCUGGCGCAGAACAGGACAGCUUAUCUGCAGGUGCUGGGGACGGGUAUGGACACGGGGGAUACCUCGCCCUGCGUGCUGCUGUUUUUUGAGCGGCUUCGCCUGGUGUUCAACGCGGGGGAGGGGCUGCAGCGCCUCUGCAUUGAGCACCGCAUCCGCCUCUCAAAGGUGGACAAGAUCUUUCUCUCCCGCGUGUGCACCGAGACAGCAGGGGGGCUGCCAGGCAUGCUGCUGACGCUCGCCAACACGGGGGAGACUGGCAUUACUGUGGACAUCUGUGGGCCGUCGGAUCUCCAUCGGCUCUCAGCAGCCAUGCGGUGCUUCGUGGGCGCAGCUUCGGUCCGAACCUCCAGCUUCGGCAGCAGCAGCCCUGGCCGUCAGUCUUACCCCCACGCCCCACUCCCUGCUUUCUACAACGCAUCACAGCAGCCUCCGCAGCAGCAGCAGCAGCAGCCGCAGGAGCAGCAGCAGCAGGUGCAGGGUGGGGAAGGAGGGGCUAUGAGGGGGGAACAGGCGGAAAGGGAGAGGGAGGGUGGGAGGGAGAGGGAGAGGGAGGACAAGAGUGCGUACAUGGUGCAUGAUGAUGGGGACGUGAAGAUCACUGCUGUGCUGCUCCAACCAGCGGUGCCAUCUGUGGCAGCAGAAAAUGCUGCAGCAGCAGCAGGAUUAUCCAUUUCCCUCACAACCACCGCGACGAUCAGCAGCAGCAUCGCCCUCCCAUCGCCAUCCGAGUCCCUCAAAGGACUGACCCUGUCGAAUCUUAAGGGAGAGGGAGUGACAGGAGAGGGAGCAGCACGCACGAAUCUUGCCAGCACCACGGACGCUCCCCUCCCCUCUGCCACGUCAGCCAAGCGCCCCAGCCCUUCCGGCCCUGCUGACGUCAGCAGCGGGUGGGACACAGUCAGCGCAGGAAACGAGAAAAGGGCGAGGGUAGAGGGAGAGAGAAAGGAGGAAGCGGCAAGGGGUUUAGCAUCAGGAGCAGCAGCAGGGGUUGCGGCGUCAGUGGCUGCACGGGCAGCAGCAGCAGGAAUGACGGCGGUGGUGUAUGUGUGCGAGUUACCGACAGCAGCAGGGAAGUUUGACCCCAAGCGGGCUGCAGCCAUGGGAAUCCGCCCCGGGCCCAAGUACCGGCGCCUGCAGAUGGGGGAGAGCGUUCCUAGUGAUGAUGGGAGCACCAUGGUUCAUCCUUCUGACGUCCUCGAAGCAUCCAUCCCAGGGCCCGUUGUCCUCCUUAUAGACUGCCCCACUGCAAGCCACACGCAAGCCCUCUUGCAGUCGCCGCAGCUGCAGCGAUUCUGCAUCAGCCACCGCCAGAAACCCACAAGUGACAAUAACGGGGAUGACAAUAUGAAGGGUGACAAUAACGGGAGUGACUAUAAAGAGGUGACAGUGGCUGUCCACGUGAGCCCUGAAGCUGUUGUGGAGGAGGAGCAGUAUCGGCGGUGGAUGGGCAUGCUGGGUCCAAACACCACUCAUGUGUUAGCAGGGCAUGGCAGAGCCUUCGAGUGCCCCCCUGUGCUAGCGGGCAGUGCAGCCCUGACAACAAAACUCCACUAUGUGUGUCCGCACCUCUUCCCUGAACCUUACGAUCACACACUGACAAGAAGGGCAGCGGAAGCAGCGGCAGGACCAUCAGGAGCUACAGCAGCAUCACAGAAGUAUGACCUAGAGCCUGUGAAUGGUCUCCUGCUCGGCCCCAUUGUCAUUGCCAAGAACCUUCUCAAGGAGUUUACACGUCAGCAAUGCCCCUCCAACAACCCCCCCUUCCCCCGCCCCCAACAGGUCAACCUGCGAGGUGCCCCUAUUUUGGGGGUUGACGCGUCAGCAGUGCCGCCCGCAUUCAAUGCCAUGACCACUGUUCACCACCUGCUGCGGAGUAUUCCAGAGCUUGAGGAAGCUUCCAGGAAGGUGGCUGCGGACUGGGGGUUGAAGAGCAAGGAGAAGGAGGGGGGGAAGGAGGGGGAGAAGGAGGGGGAGAAAAUGGGAGAGGUGGAGGGAGAGAGGAUGGGAGAUGCACCAGUGUGCAUUCGAGGCAUGGGCAGGGAGGAGGUGGAGGUGGUGUUUCUCGGCACGGGGUCAUCCCAGCCGUCCAAGUACCGCAAUCUCAGCGGCAUCUACGUUCACAGAUUCGACCGGGGAGGCAUGAUUCUGGACUGUGGGGAGGGGAGCUACGCGCAGCUGACCAGACGGUUCGGGCCAGAAAAGGCGGAGGAUAUUAUAGCGGGUUUGCAGUGUAUUUGGAUUUCUCACAUUCACGCGGACCACCACACGGGACUCGUCAGAAUUCUUGCUGCCCGGAGAGACAUUCUUUUGCGCCGGGCAGCUCAGCGGGCAGCUGAACGGGCACGUCCUGGAACAAAUUUCCAGCAAACGUUUGAGAAGAUUGAGACGGAGGAAAAGGACAAGGAUGCUACAGUGUCAGUGCCGCCCAUUCUGGUGGUCGGCCCGAAGCAGCUUCGGCGGUAUCUGGAGGCGUAUCAGACGUUUGAAAGCCUCCACUUGACGUUUUUGGACUGUAGCCAGACGACGAGGGAUGCCGCCGCUCUUGCAGCUAAAGCAGGAACAGCAGCAGGAGGAGCAAGGGAAACAAGGGAAGAAGCAGGAGAAGUGGCACGUGGUGUUGCUUCUGCUAGGGGAUUUGAUGCGGGGAUGGAGGAAGGUGAUGGAAGGGAGCAGUGUGGACUUAUCUGGCAAAAGGAAGCUCUGUCUAAGCAGCAGCAGUCAGGGGGUUACCAACUAAGGCCUGAAUCAGCAGACAAUCGAGAGGGCAGAGAGAGGGAAAUGAGGGGCCUGCGGCCCUUCUGGCUCAAAACAGGGUUCCACCUGGAAGACGGGGGGCUGGACGAGCUGGGCAGGCAGCAGCUGGGGGAGGCGUUAUCUGCGCUGGGGCUGACCCGGCUGGAGAGUGUCCCUGUGGUGCAUUGCCCCCAGGCGUUUGCUGUUGUGCUGGAGGGGCGGGUGAAGGGGCGAGAGGGAGAGAGAGGGGGAGGAGGAGAGGAGGGAGAUUCUUGGAAGCUGGUAUACUCUGGUGAUACUCGCCCGUGCGAUACUGUGAGGGCUGCGAGUCGAGGAGCCACGGUGCUGAUUCACGAGGCAACCUUUGAGGAUGAUUUGCAGCACGAGGCCAUAGCUCGAAAGCACAGCACGACAAGUGAGGCAGUCGAGGUGGGCGCCUCUGCCCCCGCCUAUCGCACCAUUCUCACCCACUUCAGCCAACGCUACCCCAAAAUCCCCCGACUGGCCCCUCCGGUGAAAAGUAAGAAGAGAGCGGAUGGUGGUGUGGGCGGUGAAGAUGUGGAGGGAGGUGAGAUUGGGAGUGCUGCGAUUGCGUUUGAUCUGAUGUCGGUGAAUUUUUGUGACUUGCCGAGGCUGCCCGAGUUGGUGCCUGUUUUCCAGCUGCUGUUCAGGGAUGCGUUGGAAGAGGAAGACGAGGAGCAAGAGGAGUGA